AUGGUGAUCUUGUCUACAGAUCGGUUGGCUCUUCUUGCACUAAAAGAGCAUGUCAUUACCGACCCUCAAAACCUCCUGGAAGCCAACUGGUCUACUUCGUCAUCUGUUUUUGAUUGGGUUGGUGUGAAUUGCGGAUCCCGAUUCCGCAGAUUCACUGCUUUAAAUCUCUUUGGCACCAUACCAUCUCAUUUCGGAAAUAUUUCUUUCCUUGCUAGCCUCAACAUUGGAAACAAUAGUUUUUGUGGCUCAUUACCCAUCGAGUUGGCUAAAUUGCGUCGAAUGAAAUCUGUAAGGUUGACUGACAACAAUUUCGAUGGGGAAAUCCCAACAUGGUUCAGUUCCUUCACUCAACUUCAAGACUUAUUUAUGCAUGGUAACAACUUCACAGGUGUUAUCCCAUCUUCUUUGUGCUCUUUAUCAAAGAUAGAGAAUCUGCUCCUGGCUAAGAAUAACCUAGAAGGUCAAAUCCCUGAAGCAAUCGGAAAUCUUUCUAGUUUGAGUGCGUCACUUUUAGAGUAUAAUCAGCUUUCAGGCUUCAUACGUUAA